GCUUAUAAAACGACGAGGCGGGGAGCUCACCACAGAGCUGUUCCUUGCAGCCCUGCUCCUCUGCAGAGCAUCACUCCACCUCAUCAGCCAAGGUCCAUUUCCCACCGGCCCCCCGGUGCAGCCAUGCUGGGCACAGCAGUGCGGCUCUUGAUCCUGCUCAGCCUCCUUGGCUUUGGGAAAGGCCAGAUGUUUCACAUGGGACCAUGCCCAGAUCCUCCAGUCCAAGAAGACUUCGAUAUCCACAAGUAUUUGGGGAUAUGGUACGAGAUAGAAAAGCUGCCCUCAGGUUUUGAGAAAGGAAGCUGCAUCCAGGCAAACUACUCACUGAAGGAGAAUGGGAAGUUCAAGGUGAUCAACAAGGAGCUGCUUUCCAGUGGCAAAGUCAAUGAAGUCGAAGGAGAAAUCAUGCACAUGGAUGUCAAGGAGCCAGCCAAGCUGGGGGUCCGCUUUAACUGGUUCAUGCCUUCUGCUCCUUACUGGGUCAUCUCCACUGACUAUGAAAACUAUUCACUGGUUUACUCCUGCACCAACAUCCUCUGGCUCUUCCACAUGGACUAUGCCUGGAUUUUAUCAAGAGCUCCUGACAUGCACCCAGAAACUGUGGAGCACCUGAAGAGUGUUCUCCAGUCCUACAAGAUUGACACUGAGAAAAUGAUGCCCAUAGAUCAACUUAACUGCCCUCCUGAGAUGUAACUCUUGGCACACAAUGACACAGCACCAGACCAGCAAUGAACUUUGUUGCUUUCUUUAUUAUCCAUUAGAAUUUCUCUUUGUAACAGAGAAAUGUAAGAAUCCCUUUGCUAACAGUAGUUUGCCAGCCCUGAGUUACUCCUUGCUGUCUUUCCCUCUAUUGCUACCCCUUCUUUUUCAUCUCGCUCUGACUUUUGCAGAAUAAUUCCCUGAUUCAGAGCUAAUGUGUGAAGAAAAGAAAUCCUGAAGUGCAGAUGUGAAGCUCUGCUGUUGCUGUGAUUCCUCCAGUAUGAGGAUAGGAAAGGGUAUGAGAUUUGAUGUGCAAGUAUUAGUUCCAAGGGAAAAACGUUUUGUCAUUUGCCCCAGAUUUGCUUCCCAUUUUUGUCUUGAUGCUCCUGGACCUGUUAGGAGUCUAUUGUGUCUGAGGGACAUUGCAGGCACUGCCUUCCCAGCAGCAACACCCAGACACAGGGGCUUGGUCCUGGCUCCCAGGUCCUUGAUCUGAAAUGUUUUCUGGUGCAGGGCUAUAGGUGUAUGUUACUGCCAAGUCAGCAUACCUUCUUGCUAGAAAUCAGAUCUGGCCCUUUGUAUUUAAAGUCUGAGAAGUCUAAAAAUGUCCAGAAAUUCAGCAUUGCUCCAUCUGGAGUGUCUGUAAGUGACUUGCCUCAAGUGAGGCUAGUUCUGCACUCCCAAGAAGUCUGCUCUUAGAGAACCUGUAAGCAGAUGGAGAGAGAUGAGGCUGCUCCCUUGUGCUCUCCUCCCAAGGCUUUUCCCAAACAUGGAGAUGGCAGGCUCUGCCAGAUAUCCUGCUCACUGCUUUUGUACGUCCCGAGUGCCCGCUGGCACCACACCUGCCCCGGCAGGUGUGCACCGGGCACCGCGACAGCUCUGCUUGAAUAGCAUUGAUGCAACUCAUUAAAAAUGAAAUUAAAAUA